UUGCCAUUGGGCGUUGGUUGUUCCGUUCUGCUGCUCGUCUUGUCCCAAACUUCUGUUUCACGUUCAGUUGAUUUGUUUUUAAUUUCAACUUUUUUUUACCGUUUCUGCUCCUUUUUUUUUGUUUCACUUCCAGCACCAAAAAUGGCUCUCAGCGAUGCCGAUGUUCAAAAACAAAUCAAACACAUGAUGGCUUUCAUUGAACAGGAGGCCAAUGAAAAAGCUGAGGAAAUUGAUGCCAAAGCUGAAGAAGAAUUCAAUAUUGAAAAAGGUCGCCUAGUUCAACACCAGCGGCUCAAGAUCAUGGAGUAUUUUGAACGCAAAGAAAAACAAGUUGAACUACAAAAAAAAAUUCAAUCUUCUAACAUGUUAAAUCAAGCUCGUCUUAAGACAUUGAAAGUGCGAGAAGAUCAUGUUAAUGAUGUAUUAGAUGAAGCUAGGAAGCGUUUGGUCCAAGUGACAAAUAAUCCUGAUUUGUACAGAGAAGUUCUAAAAAAAUUAAUUUUACAAGCCAUCUUACAGUUAUUGGAGAAAAAUGUAACAUUGCGUGUCCGUGAAACUGAUGUAUCAGAAGUAGAAGGCUUAUUAGAGGAAGUUGCUGCGGACUAUAAAGCAGCAUCCAAUAAGGAAGUGAAUCUUAAGUUGGACACUGAUUCAUUUUUGGCGCCACAAACAUGUGGUGGUAUCGAGUUAUUGGCACAAAAAAAUAAAAUAAAAAUUUGUAACACAUUGGAAUCACGAUUGGAACUUAUUGCGCAACAGUUGGUACCAGCUGUACGAACUGCAUUAUUUGGUCGCAAUCCUAACCGAAAGUUUGCUGAAUAAUUGCAGAAAGUCUAAAACACUAAUAUGCAUAUUAAAAAGCAACAAAAAAAAA